UGGAAACUGGAGAAUCAAGAUGGCAGCGCCCUGCUCGAGGAUGGCGAGUCGUCCUUUAUGGCAAUUUAUUACAAAUGUCAGACGAACAGGGCUAAAACAUACAGGAGUUCGUCAAUUUUCUCUCAGUUAUGCUUGUCGAGCUGCAACUCAGACCAGCAGUAAAACGGAAAGCGUCGCGUCUCCAUGGAAGCUGUACGGGGCGGUGUGUCUCCAGAGGCUGCCUGUCAUAUCACAGGAGCGGAACCCGAUCGAAGACCAAUUCGCCGAGCUCAUGCAUCAGAUGGAGCUGGAGAGAAGCCUGCUGUCGGAACAUGAGCAGAGGCUCCUAGAGGACGCGGAGCGUAUGACUCGUAAACAGGCAGACAACUACGAUUCAGAUGAGGAGGAGGCGGACUACGGUGGCCAGGAGACCAUCACAGCUCAGGACCAGGAUGACACCUGGGAACAGAAUCUCAAACACUUCCAACCUGCUCUCAGAGACAGAG